AAGUCCUAAAGCAAGGAAAGGAGACUGAAGACAAGAUACUGGAAAUCAGAGGCUGUGUCCAACUCUCCCUUCAAGACUUCUCACCCCUUCUGGUGAGCAGAAAUGGGAGACUGGAGUUUCCUGGGAGAGUUCCUGGAGGAGGUCCACAAACACUCCACAGUGGUGGGGAAAGUCUGGUUGACUGUGCUUUUCAUCUUCCGUAUGCUAGUGCUGGGUACAGCAGCUGAGUCCUCCUGGGGGGAUGAGCAGUCUGACUUCAUGUGUGACACGCAGCAGCCUGGCUGUGAGAACGUCUGCUAUGACAAGGCUUUCCCAAUCUCCCAUGUCCGGUUUUGGGUCCUCCAGAUCAUCUUUGUCUCCACCCCAUCUCUGGUGUACAUGGGCCAUGCAAUGCACACAGUGCGCAUGGAGGAGAAGAGGAAGAUGAAGGAGGCAGAAAUGGAGGCCCGAGAGAUGAAAAACAGUGGUGACACAUACUACCAGCAGAAGUGCUCUGUGGCAGAGAAGGCUGAGCUGUCUUGCUGGGAUGAAACAGGGGGCAAAAUCAUACUCAGGGGCAGUCUGCUGAACACCUAUGUCUACAGCAUUUUGAUCCGAACUGCCAUGGAAGUGGCCUUCAUUGUGGGACAGUAUGUCUUGUACGGGAUCUUCCUGGAGACCCUGUAUAUCUGCCAGCGGGCACCUUGCCCCCACCCUGUCAACUGCUAUGUUUCCCGUCCCACAGAGAAGAAUGUGUUCAUUGUCUUCAUGCUGGCUGUGGCAGUGCUCUCCCUGUUCCUCAGUCUGGCCGAGUUGUAUCACUUGGGCUGGAAGAAAGCCAAAGAGAGGUGCUCUCGGUCUUACAAACCCAACCCCAGCACAGCCCCUGGCAGAUUGGAGUCUGCUCCACAAGUAGAAAGGGCCCAGAUGUACACUCCUCCACCAGACUUUAACCAGUGCUUGUCAAGUCCCAACGGGAAGUUCAUCAGCCCCUUCAGCAACAAGAUGGCCUCCCAGCAGAACACUGCCAACUUCGCCACCGAGAGGGUCCACGGCCAAGAGGAUGCUGCUGGUGAAGGGCCCUUCAUUAAGUCCAGCUAUGCAGAGAGUCCAGAGGUGGCCAGCGAAUGUGCAGCACCUGCCUUCCCUGAGAACUACUUCAAUGAGAAACGCCGGCUCAGCAAGGCCAGCCGUGCCAGCAGCAAGGCAAGGUCGGAUGAUCUGUCUGUGUGA